AUGAAGUCGACGGGGGCAGUGAUGUUUGCAAUGGCGAUAGUGACCGCUAUUACCUUGAAGGCAUUCUUCGCGAGCAAACUGGCGCUCAUGGUUACAAUUGGCAUGGCUAUGAAGAAACUGUACGAAAGUUACAGUAAUGGCGUCGGUUUGCCAAAUAACCCAUAUCUGUACUCGCAAUAUCCGAUCGAUUUCCCGAGCGCAUCGUCGCAAGCGUACUCCGCUAACGGAGUCAAUCCGCAAUUCGCCUCCCCUGAGAUGUAUAACCCAACGGGUCUGGGCGCUCAAUCUCAAUCGCAAGAGAUUCUGCAUCAAAACGAAGUAACUGCCCAGCAAUCGCAGCAAGCGCCGACCUUGCUACUAAACUCGACAAGAUCCGCUUCAGAGAGAUGGGAUGGUAAGUCUAAAUUGCUAAAAUUUCUUGAACCGAUUCUUGGCUCUGUGAGGAACGUAUUAGAGCCCAUAGCAAACGUGUUCUACGCGAUGCCGGCAACCUUUCGCGGACUUGGUUACGAUGUAACAACGACCAGCAGCGAGACGAAUGCUGAUGAAGAAAAUAAGAAAGAGUUCCUCGUUCCACAGCCGAGAAAUAUGGCCCAACGGAAAACGAACUACAGAAUGGCGCCAAGACCAAAAAAGUAUACCGAACUGAAAGUCAAUCUGGAGAGACUUAGACAAAACAAAGAUUUACACGAAUAUGUUAAGACGAAAAAGUAUAAGUUCAACUACCCGCUCACGGUACCGGAGACGUCCAAUGUUUUAUGGAACCUCGCGCGCUACUUCAGAAUCCUAUUCGGCCCACCAGAAAGACCGCCGCUAAACAAUUCAGCGUCUAUGUCAAUGCCCAUGUACGCUAUGCCGCAGAUGUACGGCCCAACUAUGGCCAUGCCAACUAAUCAG